AUGACAGAGGAGGUUCACAGCAAGUUCCUGGAAUUCCUCGACAACACAUCGAAGAUCAGGACAGAGGCUGAACAGGCCAUAUACAGGAAUGAAACAGUACUAUUGGUUGAUCUUCAGGAUGUCCAUUCCUAUUCAGUGGAUCUGUACACGGACCUGGUGAGAAACUUUUCAAGGGACGUGGAUAGGAUUAACAGAAGCAUAGCUGUAUAUACGAUGCGAGAGUUUUCUACUGCACUUGAACAGGUGUCGUUCCACAACAGUCAGGUGGUCUACAAGAUCCGAGAGCUGAAGAGCGACAAGCUGGGGCAGCUUCUGAGCUUUAGUGGGACGGUUACCAGAACGACGCAAGUAAGGCCGGAACUUUCGCAGGGGACUUUUGUGUGUAAGGUCUGUAAUUCAGUUGUCAGUGAUGUUUUCCAGGAGUUCAAGUACACCGAGCCUUUGGUAUGUCCAAACCACCUCUGCACAAAUAGGAGGCUAUGGAAGCUCGAGAUUGACAAAAGUAAGUUUUUGAAUUGGCAAAAGAUACAUGUGCAAGAAAAUACAGAAGAGAUUCCUCCUGGAUCACUUCCAAGGAGCAUGGAUGUGAUAGUCAGAAACGACUUGGUUGAAAAGAUAAGGGCUGGAGACAAGGUUGUGAUGACAGGAUAUCUGAUAGUUGUUCCCGAUGUGAUACAGUUGAUGAUGCCUCAGAGUAAGACUGUUCCUGUACAGAGCGGAGAGCUGGACGAGAUCAAAAAGAAAAGGAACAUAAACAUCAAGGAUCUGAACUACAAGUUAAGCUUUAUGUGCAUACAUGCUGAUUGCAGUCUUGUGGAAGAUGGAGAGUUUACUAACGAAGAACUAGCUGUGAUAAACGAAAUGAGAUCUGCAUCUGACCUCUAUUACAAAUUGAGCCAGAGUAUGUUUCCGUCGAUUCAUGGGCACUACUCAAUCAAAAACGCAAUCCUACUUCUUCUUGUUGGAGGGGUUGGAAAGAAGGCUGAGGGAGGAACCAGCCUCCGAGGAGACAUCAAUGUUCUGCUUGUAGGAGAUCCAGGAACUGCAAAAUCCCAGUUUCUGAAGCAGGCGAGUUCCUUCCUUCCUAGAAGCGUCUAUACUUCUGGGAAGAGCAGUAGUGCUGCAGGGCUUACUGCAAGUGUGAUAAAGGAUGGAGAAACAGGAGAGUUUACAAUUGAGGCAGGGGCACUGAUGUUGAGCGACACUGGGAUAUGCUGUAUCGAUGAAUUUGAUAAGAUGAAUGUUCGGGAUCAGGUGAGCAUCCAUGAAGCAAUGGAGCAGCAGACAAUAACCAUUUCGAAAGCAGGAAUAAAUGCAACCCUGAAUGCCCGAACCAGCAUCUUGGCAGCUGCAAAUCCAAUCAAGGGUAGAUACGAUAAGAAAAAGACUCUAAGACAGAACAUAAAUCUCAGUGCACCAGUGAUGUCCAGGUUUGAUCUGUACUUUGUACUGAUCGACGAUGCAAAUAUGGAGAAUGACAGGAAUGUUGCAACACACAUACUCAACAGCCAUGCAUCUAUUACAGACAAAGGGAUGCUAGCAAGUUACUUUACAAAGGAGCAAGUAAAGUUGUAUCUUCGCUAUGCAAGAAGGAAGACCCCAAAAAUGACGGAUGAAGCAAAGGAGAUGCUUAUAAAGAAGUACAUUGGGAUAAGGCAGGAUAGUCUUGUUCACAGCAACAACUACAUGAUGACUGUCAGGCAUUUGGAGAGUCUGAUUCGUCUUAGCGAGGCGCUUGCAAAGAUCCAUGACAACGAGUUUGUAACAAAGGAGUAUGUGGAGGAGGCGUACAGGCUGGUGAAAAGCAGUGUUGUUGAGGUCAAGGGGGAGGACAUAGAAAUAGUUCCCAAGACUGCCGACGAGCCCGGAUUCAUGAUAAACAGCAAGGACUACAUAAGAAUAACAAACUCUUUCAUAUACCUUAUAAAGACGAGGGAUCCGAUGGAAAGACAUGAGCUGGUCGAGGCAUUUCUAUCGGAAAGCGAGUCAUGCAUAGAGAGCGAGAAAGCCUUAAUCGAGGAACAGAAAAAGGCAGAAAACGUCCUGUCUUUCCUUAUAGGUAAGGAAGGUGUCUUGUUUAUCAGCGAUGGGAAAAUCCACAUUCAUCCUAGUUAUGAUGUAUGA